GACUGGUGCAGAGACGGGCGUUGUUGCAGAUCGAAGCGUCUGCCAUUUUGAUUAGGGUAUUUUUGGGCGCAAUAAAUGAUCCGCUGCUCUUAUCAGGACUAAGCAUCACAUCUGCUGGACCCGAGGACUCAAAUUUGUCCAAAAUGCUCUCCGCAGCCCAGUUACUCGAUGAGUUAAUGGGCCGGGACAGAAACUUGGCUCCGGAUGAGAAGAGGUCCAAUGUGCGCUGGGACGACGAGAGCGUUUGUCGGUAUUAUUUGUGUGGAUUCUGUCCCGCUGAGCUUUUCACAAACACACGGUCGGAUUUGGGUCCCUGUGAGAAAAUCCAUGAUGAAAAUCUUAGGAAAACGUAUGAGAAAAGCUCUCGGUAUCUGAAAGAAGGCUAUGAGAGAGACUUCCUGCGUUAUCUCCAGUCGCUCCUGGCUGAGGUGGAGCGGCGGAUUCGCAGAGGUCACGCGCGGCUCGCACUCUCCCAAGCUCAACAAAGCGCUGGGGCUCCUCCUCCUGCCGGAAAGAAUGAGGAAAAGAUCUCAGUUCUAACAGAGAAGAUUGAGGACUUGGUGUUACAGAUUGAGGAGCUGGGGUCUGAGGGCAAAGUGGAGGAGGCCCAGGGUAUGAUGAAGCUCGUGGAGCAGCUGAAGGAUGAGCGGGAGCUGCUCAGCUCAACCCCCUCGACCAUUGAGAGCUUUGCUGCGCAGGAGAAACAGAUGGAGGUGUGUGAAGUGUGUGGGGCCUUCCUCAUUGUGGGGGAUGCCCAGUCUCGAGUGGACGAUCACCUGAUGGGCAAACAGCACAUGGGCUAUGCAAAGAUCAAGUCCACUGUGGAGGAGCUUAAGGAAAAACUACGACGACGCUCUGAGGACCCUCAGGGUGAAAACCCAGUGGUGAAGAGGGACCGAGAAGAACGAGAGCGCGAGAGGGAGGAGAGGGAAAAGAAACGGAAAGAGGAGGAAGAAAAGGAGAAGGAGCGAGAGAAGGAAAAAGAGCGUGAACGAGAGCGAGACAGAGAGAGGGACAGAGACCGAGACAGAAGAGCACGACGAAGCCACUCCCACAGUCGCCACUCGAGCCAUGCCUCCGACCGAGAGCGCAAGAGAAGCCGUUCCAGAGAUCGCCGCAGGUCCAGGAGCAGGGAGCGCGACAGGGAGCGCAAACGCAGCAGGAGCCGAGACAGAGACAGAGAUAGAGACAGGGACAGGGAAAGAAGACGCAGUCGCGAUCGCGAUCGCUCGGACAAGAAGCGGCGCUCUCGUAGUCGUGAGAGGAAGAGGUCCCGAAGCUCAGAGCGUAAAUCUCACCGGCACCGCAGUCGCAGUAAAGACAGAGAGAGAGACAGAGACAGGGACAGAGACAAGGGCAGGGACAAAGACAGGGACAAGGACAGGGACAAGGACAGGGACAGGGACAGGGACAGGGAUAAGGAGCGCUCGUCUAAAGACAAAGACCGCAAAGACACUGACGAGAAGAGCAGUUCCAAGAAAGACAAACCCUCGGACAAUGGUGCACCCGCCAUCAAGGCUUCAGCCGAAGCGGAACCAAUGGAGACUGAGGCUCCUGCCUCUGGCUCCUCCCCUCGGCUAAACGGCCAACCAGAGCUCGUCCAAUCUGAAGGUGACACUCAGUCCAAUUAAAACUGAUCUGAUAGGACCUCAGAUCAGGCUCAGGGGAAGCUGGAGUGUCCGGAAGAAGAACGCCAAAAGCCCCGCCCCUCUCGCCCUGAGCCUGACACUGCGCUUCUUAAACACAAGGUGAACCACAAAUGUGUAGUGGCUUAUUUCAGACCCAGUCCUAUGUACAAAUGAUGAUGUUGAUGAUGAGAGAAAAGCAGUGUUUAUUUUUUUAAGUCCCCUUCUUUGGCUCCACGAGGAUAGUUGUGGUUCAUCUGUUGUGCUUCUUAACUUGACAGCUACCUACCAGAGAAAUAGCCUUUUUUUGUUUUCUUCUGUUGACGCUGCACCAUCCUUGUUUCUUGGCAUUUAGUGGAAUUGGAAUAAAAAGUGUUUGUGGUUUGUUUUGAGUUGUCAGGCUUCAUGCCCCUCACAGUGAAGCGUUUGUACAAUGUUUAAACCCAGAGCAGGACGUGGUUCCCAUCUCCAGGCUCCCCGUACUGUAUAGAAUUUAAGUAACUCGAAAUAUGACCGAAGAUUUCAAUUCUGCUGCUUUUAAUGUCUUUGGUGUCUUGAUGAAUAAAAAAAAGUUAAAAUCUU